AUGGCCUCCCCCUUCAAGAACAUUCUCAUCGUAGGAGCUACUGGUUCUAUCGGUUCUGUCGUCAUACAAGCGCUGCUCGCUGAACCCUCAUUCACUGUCACCGCUCUGCAGCGUUCGUCUUCCAAGCACAAGCUUUCGCCAAAAAUCAACAUCAUCACCAUUAAUGACUCCUACCCCCUUGAAGCGCUCGUCUCUGCAUUUAGCGGCCAGGAUGCCAUCAUCAACUGCGUGACAUCACUUGCAGUUGGUGAUCAGCUCCGCUUUAUCGACGGGGCUGUAGCUGCUAAAGUGAAGCGAUAUGUCGCUUCAGAGUAUGGCCUCAACAAUAACAAGCCUGAAGCACGAGCACUCAACCCCGUUUUCCGAGAGAAGGGCGAGAUUCAAGACUAUCUUCGCUCCAAAGAGUCACUUGGGUUGGAAUGGAUGAGUAUCGCUUGCGGAAUGUGGCUUCGCUGGAGUGCACUACACGAUUUCUUGGGAAUGCACAUCAAGGAGAAGAGAUUUGUCUUUUGGGAUGACGGCGAGGGAUGGUUUAGUGCAACGACUGAAGAGAAUACGGCUCUCGCUCUCGUCAAUGCUUUGACCAAGAAAUGGGAAGAAACGAAAAACGGAAUUGUGUGGUUGAGCGAUUUUGCAAUUACGCAGAAGAUGCUUCUUGCGGCCAUUGAGCGCAUUGGUAACGAGAAAUUCACAACCGAAACUGUCAACACUUUGGAUUUUAUCAAGCAGAAGCAGUCAGCGGUAGCCUCUGGAGACCACUUUGCGAUUUACGACUUGAUCGAGACUGGAUUUGUGACUGGGAAGUUCGGUGGUCAUCUGGAGAAGGAGGGCGAGAUUAUGAAUGACCUAUUAGGCCUACCGAAGAAGUCGAUCGAUGAAGUGGUCAAGGUAGCUCUUGAUGCCGUGAAGGGGUUGUAA